UUGAUUGGGCAAGGUAAAACCAUGUGACUUUGUAUAUAAUAUAAACACGUGCAUAAACAAAUUAGCAUGAGUAUCGCAUAUUAGCGUGAGUUUUCGAAUUUUAUCUUAGUAAUAAUGUCGUUAUCAAAGAAAUUUGUUUUCAGCGACCACGAAUCGGAGAUAGUGAGUAAUUUAAUAGACAAUUACAAGCAUAUAAUUGCUUGCAAAAUAACAAAUGCUCACUUUAAUAGUAAAAAGAAGAAGUGUGGGAAAAAUUAACUACUGAAUUCAAUGCAAUUAAUGGAGUUAGAAAAAGAACAAAAAUACAACUCCAAAAUAAAUAUAAAAAUAUGAAGAAAAUGGCACAAAAAAACAAAGCUGCCGAUAAAGUAGAGCUGUACAAAACAGGAGGAGGUGGCAGUAUGCUGAAAACCACUCCUAUGGAUGAAAAAUUUUUAGCCAUAGGAAUUGUAACCAACCCAUUAGAAGAAGAUAUUGAUUGUGAUUCUGAGUACAAUAACUUCAUAAAAGAUUCUCAAGCACAAAAGGAAAAUUCUUCAGAGGCCAUUACUUUUGAGUAUAACAGAACAGAAGAUGUGAUUGACAGUGAAGAAUAUUUUCCUGUAAUUAUUAUUUUUUUAUUCUUAUUUUGCUGUUAGCGUUCACUUUCUUUCAUCAAUAUAAAGCCAGAUCAAGAGCAAAAAUAAUAAAAACAUCUAACCUGCUUAUUCAGAUAUUUUAUCAAAGCUUAACAAAACAUAAAUAAUUUUCAGAUUAUAUAUAUACAUGCAAGGCUUGUUUAACCGAUUCUAAC